UAAGUCACAUUAAAUUGGUGAUUCUGUAACGCCAGCAUGAAGGCUCUGGGAGAGCACAUGGUACUCCUGCCGCCUUCUGAACAGGUGUCACCUGCAGCUACACACCUGGCACCUGCAGCUGCACACCUGGCACCUGCAGCUAUACAUCAGACACCUGCAGCUACACACCUGGCACCUGCUGCACCUUUGGUGGUGCUGAUCGGUUGGCUCAAUGCUAGUCCAACAGUACUGGGGAAGUACGCAGGUGUGUACACAGAUCGUGGAUUCCAGGUUCUCCUAGUGAAGUCUCAGUUCAGUCAUGCCACACACCCAGCUACCGGCUGUCAGCUGAUGACCAAGGUCCUGGACUUCCUGAAGAAAGAGGUCUCCUCCCUUCCCAUCAUCCUCCACGUGGCCUCCAUGGGCUUCUACAUGCUGGGCUGGAUGGUCUACCUCAUGAAUAUUCAUGAGGACAAAUAUAGUUGUGUUAGGAGUAAGGUGGUAGGGCUGGUAUUGGACAGCCCUGUUGCUGAUGGGAAAGGGGCUUUUAAUGGGAUGGUCGUUGGUUUAACAAAUUGGACCGUGUUACAAAUGUUUCUAAGGUUUGCAAUCAAUGUGUACUACACUUUGGCAAGACAGGUUGUCAAGAAAUAUAAUGUUCUGACAGACAGUAUAACAGGAAAGCCAAUUUUGGCUCCAGUGCUGGCUUUGUAUUCCAUGGAUGACCCUGUAUGUCAGGUGGAUUCAUUGCAAGGGUUCUUGGGGAAAUGGAGGUCACUAGGGAUCGAGGUGACAGAGCGGUGCUGGGAAAAGUCGACUCAUGUCGGGCAUCUGGUAAAUCACAGGGAAGAAUAUCUGAGUGCCUUAGACAGGUUCCUUACUCAUCUUCCACUGAACAGGACUCUGACAUCCAAAUUAUGAUAGAUAAUGCACUAGUCAAAAGUGUAU